AUGUUGAAGGAUACUCAGAUUCAUAUUUUAGCUGAUUCGGAUGAACAGGAAGUGGUGCAGCAAGUUCAGGAGUAUUAUGCAGACUUUGUUGCAAUUGAUCCUUAUCAUUUCACUUUGAACAUCCCUUCAAAUCGCAUGUAUAUGCUCCCAGCAGUUGUAGAUCCCCCAGGUUUGCAGCAAUUCUGUGAUAGAGUUGUCGAUGGCAUAGCAGCAAUCUUUUUGGCAUUGAAACGAAGACCUGUUAUUCGAUAUCAAAGAACCUCUGAUAUUGCAAAAAGGAUAGCACAGGAAACAUCGAAGCUGAUGUACCAGCAGGAAAGUGGCCUUUUCGAUUUCAGACGCACAGAAAUUUCUCCUCUGUUGCUUAUAAUUGAUCGAAGAGAUGACCCUGUUACCCCGUUACUAAACCAAUGGACUUAUCAGGCUAUGGUUCAUGAAUUGAUAGGCAUUCAUGAUAACAAAGUGGACUUGAGUAGCACUGGAAAAUUACCUAAAGAUCAGCAGGAGGUUGUAUUGUCAUCAGAGCAAGAUGCCUUCUUCAAAGCUAAUAUGUAUGAGAACUUUGGAGAUAUUGGAAUGAACAUCAAGAGGAUGGUGGAUGAUUUUCAGCAAGUUGCAAAAAAAGACAUGGCCAAGUUUGUUGACAAUUACCCUGAGUACAGAAAAAUGCAUGGCAAUGUUUCAAAGCAUGUGACAUUGGUCACAGAAAUGAGCAAGAUAGUUGAAGAGCGAAGACUCAUGUUAGUUUCAGAAACGGAACAGGAUUUGGCUUGCAAUGGUGGGCAAGUGGCUGCAUUUGAGGCAGUGACAAAUCUUCUCAACAAUGAAAGUAUUUCCGAUAUUGACCGACUCCGCUUGGUGAUGUUAUAUGCAUUGCGCUAUGAGAAGGAGAGCCCUGUUCAAUUAAUGCAGCUUUUUAAUAAACUGGCUUCUCGAUCUCCCAAGUACAAGCCUGGGCUAGUCCAAUUCCUCCUGAAGCAAGCAGGCGUGGAUAAGCGAACUGGGGAUCUUUAUGGGAACCGAGAUCUUCUAAAUAUUGCUCGUAAUAUGGCUCGUGGUCUGAAGGGGGUUGAAAAUGUAUACACCCAGCAUCAGCCUCUUCUUUUCCAAACUAUGGAAAGCAUAAUCAAGGGACGGUUGAGAGAUGUGGACUACCCAUUUGUCGGGAAUCACUUUCAACAGGGAAGGCCGCAAGAUGUGGUUAUUUUCAUUGUUGGCGGAACAACAUAUGAGGAGUCACGCUCUGUUGCCCUUCAAAAUGCCAGCAAUUCUGGAAUUCGUUUUAUCCUUGGUGGUUCUGCGGUUCUCAGUUCUAAGAGCAACCUUUUGGCUAAUGUGGCCUCCUCCUUUAUUUGGGAGUGUGGACAGGCUGAACGGAAGUUCACUGUUGCAGUGUUACCUAUGCUCCAUGCAUGGUCAGGCUCAUAUCCAGUUGGCUUGAAAGCCUUUCUGAGAGUUUCAGCAUUGCAUGUAACCAAGGAUGACUUUCUUAUCCGUAAAAUGAUUGGGAAGUCAUCAUCUCACUACUUAUGGGAAGGACUACUGCACGAUUAUCGGAAACGAAUAGAUGUUCUUAGCCAAUUUCGGUGGCUGUUGGUUAUCAUGGAAGCGGCUGUAUUUGGCUAA